CGAUAAAAAUCGCAGACGGCGCGGGCGGCGAUCGGUGAAGGCGCUUUACCGGGGAUCGAGCGAGUUUCUGCGGUUUCUUCUGGACUUUGACUCAGACUGAGGGACCGGGCGAGCGCCGCCGCCGCUCCAGCGCCGAGAUGCCGAGCAAGAAGAAGAAAUACAACGCCAGAUUCCCGCCGGCCAGAAUAAAGAAGAUUAUGCAGACUGAUGAAGAAAUCGGAAAAGUGGCGGCUGCAGUUCCUGUCAUCAUCUCUCGUGCUCUGGAACUCUUCCUGGAGUCUCUGCUGACCAAAGCCUGUGACGUCACUCAGUCCCGCAACGCCAAGACCAUGACCACAUCACACCUUAAGCAGUGCAUUGAGCUGGAGCAGCAGUUUGACUUCCUGAAGGAUCUGGUGGCGACGGUUCCUGACAUGCAGGGAGACGGAGAGGAGAACCACACUGAAGGAGAGAAGAUCCCCCGCAGAGGCCGUAAGCCGGGAUCGGGCCGUAAGAACGGCGGCGCUGGAGCGAAGGGGAAAGACAAGAAGCUCUCAGGAACCGAAUCAGAGCAGGAGGAUGAUUCAGAGGACAGUGAGACAGAAGGAGAAGAGGAUGAGGACGCAUCCCGCACCAGCACACACACACAACCUGCGCCGUACUACCACAGUGUGGGCGUGUCGUCUCCGCAGGUCUCCUCUGUAAUAACUCCUCCUCCAGUGUCAGUGAGUCUCCUGCCGCCUGCAGUCGCUCCGCCAGCCGCCGAGGAGGAGGACGAUGAUGAAGACUACGACUCCUAGCCCCUCCCCUUCCUCUUCCCCUCCUCCUCCUCCUCCUCUGCUGGUGCUCUGCGGUGGACAGAAGCGAGAGCAGCUCGGCGUGUCCAGCAGACCCUUUUUAAGUUUCUUUUAAUCUUCUUUUAUUGUCUCCUCUUCCUCUCCUCUUCCUCUCCUCCUCGUUUUAUCAGUAGUUUUGUUUUGGGAACGGACCCCAGGAGUGUGUCGGGCUGUAGGUGUGUAUGUUUUGUGUCUGGGCAUCACUCCGCUCGUCCUCUUCUUCAUUUCAGCAGGAGAGAUGCUGCUUUAGUUGGGUUUGUCUGGGAAAUGCGGAGCUGUGGUUCUGCUGUUUGCUUUGGUCAUGAUGAUGAUGAUGAUGAUGAUGAUCUGGUUUUUGUCCUUUUUAAGCUAGUUUUACAAUUAAAGCUGGUCUCUUCAGUGUGUGUAGCGUCACACUGCACAACACCGCGCUCUUAUUUAGUGUCGUCUCAUUUCUAGUCCAAACAUCUACACACACUGAAAUCAGGAAGUGUGUUCUGGACAUGAUAUCCUCUUGUUGUCAGACAUAGUGAGUCAAACUGAGGUGAGUCUUCACUUAAAGCAAGCUCAAUAAUCUGACAGCGAGGGAAGCAACCCAAUCAGUUCUCAUUUCGACAGCAGAUGAUCCUGCUUCCCUCAUUGUCAGAUUAUUGAGCUUGUUUUAAUGAAGACUCACCUCAGUUUGACUCAUUGAUUCUGGUAUUCCUGAUGCGUCCUGGUUUCAGUAUGUUUGGACUGGACACGAGGCUGAAGCUCCAGGUAGGAAGGUGCUGUCUGCAGUGGGUCAGCGCUGCUCUUUUUAAUUACUCCCUCUUUUAUUUGGCCUGCAGACUCGCUUUGGUUUAGUCGUUUUAAUGCUUUGGUGGUCUGUGAACAUCCGUUUCUGUUUCUCUCCUUGUUUUUUUUAUCCUUUUAGACUCUUUUAAUGUUUGCUGUGAAGUGGAGAGCGAAGGUCUGUUCGCUUUUAACUUUUCUCCUGGUUUUUUUUGUAUGAGUGAAAUAAACUUUGAGGUUUCAGUA